AAGAAGGGUUUCGGCCCUAAACGUUGCCUAUUUCCUGCGCUCCAUAAAUGCUGCUGCACCCGCUGAGUUUCCCCAGCAUUUUUGUGUACCUUCAAUUUGCCUGAUUGGGCAACGUCAGUUCCUACCACAGAAACAAAGCAGAUAAACCGGCUUCCUUCAUUUGGACUGAAGAAAGAGAGAAGUUGGGUGCGACGGUUUGAGAACUUGUUCAUUAGUGAAGAAUCUCAGCAACGCAGAAAAACGGCCGCGCGUUGGAGCAGUUGGAAUGACAGUGGGGACAAGGUGAUCGCUGUCACAACCAAGCAGAGAGGCUGAAACAGUCUGAAGAAGGGUCCCGACCCGAAACGCCGUCUAUUCAUUAUCCUCCACAUAUGCUGAGUACUUCCAGCACUUUGGGUGUCGCUUAAUUGAAACGGGACCGUCAGCGUUACCUCGGGUGCCCGACGGCCGACGGCAGACAUGAACUGCACCAGUGAUCAAUACUACAAGACAUCUGACUUUAAGUAUACGUUUUUCAUCGUAAUUUACAGCCUUCUCUUUAUUAUUGGACUUCCGGUAAACAUAGCGGCAUGUUGUUAUUUAGUCAGAAGCAAAGCCAAUAAAAGGCUUUCUGAAGUCAAGAUUUACAUGAUCAGUUUGACACUGGCCGAUCUUCUGUACAUUAUGUUCCUUCCGUUCUGGAUCGAUUAUUACUUACACCGCGGCGACUGGAGGUUCCACACCUUCACCUGCAGUUUAUUUGGCUCUCUGUUUUACAUCAACACCUACAGCACCCUCUUCUUCCUGUCCCUCGUCAGCUUCACCCGUUACCUGGCUGUCUCACGCCCAGUGAAAACGGCUCAGUCCGCGCAGAGGAACAGAGGCAUCGGAGUGACCGUCCUCGUCUGGUUAUUAAUCGUCUGCUGCUCGCUGUGUAUUUUAAUCGACAACAAAAAACACGUAAACGAAAAAAAUGGCACCAUGAGCUGCUUUGAGGAUUACACGAAGGGAAAGCAGUGGAAAGAACUGUUGGUGAUCCAUUCGCUCAUGUUGUUGGCUUUUGUUGUUACCUUGGGAGCAGUCAUUAGCAAUUAUGUGCUGAUCCUUCGAAAACUGUCGAGGGAACAAACAGGGUUGAGAGUGCCCCAGCACAAGCUGAAGAAGAAGGCGGUCCGAAUGGUGCUGACGGUUCUAGUCAUCUACAUGGUCUGUUUUCUGCCUUACCAUCUGAUCCAGCUGCCAUGGAUGCUUUUGGUGUUGGAUGUCGUGCAUUCAACUGACUGCCCCUUCAGGAAGACUUUCAAUGACGUUCACCAGGUCACUCUGGGUCUGAUGUCCAUUAACUGCGUCCUGGAUCCUGUUAUUUACUGUUUCCUGACCGAAGAUUUCAGGCGAUACCUGAGAGAGCUGACACGUUACUGUAGAGACAAAUGUGUUCUGGGGAGUAAACCCAGAUCUCCAUGUAGUUGCAUUUGAUCACGUUGAUGGGAAUAGAUCGGGUAAACACACAGCCUUUUGCCCAGAGUAGGGGAAUCGAGAACCAGAUGACAUAGGUUUACAGUGAGGAUGGAAAAUAUUUAAUAGGAGCCUGGGGUGGGGUACAUCGAUAGGAUAGGUUUAGAGGGAUAUGGGCCAAAAGCAGGCAGAUGGGACUAGUGUGGAUGGGGCAUGUUUGUUGGCAUGAGCAAGUUAGGCUGAAAGGCUUGUUUCCACCUGUAUAACUUUAUCUUAUUUGUAAUGAAAUGCCUGUAUGACUCAUCAAGAGGGUUUUAUUAUCAUAUAUCCCAAAAUGGAACAAUGAAAUUCUUACUUGCAGAAGCAUAACAGAUAUGUAAACGUAGUACUCUGUAAAACCCAUAAUAAACACCAAUAAAAGUUCAGUAUAUAUAUUUUUAAAAACAGACAAAUAGACAAUAGUAGUGCAAAAAUAAUGUCCCCAAGUUGAUAGUUUGGAGCCUAUUUGGAGAUUGUAAUGUUUAAUAAACACCAAUAAAAUAAUAUAGCCUGACAUCAUUACGAGUCCAUUGCCUUAUAAAUGUUGAGUUGUGUGGUUUGGAUUCAAAUUGGUUCUAAUUAUUGUAAAUAUUGUAUUUCUUGAGUUUAGAUGCAUUCUUCAUUAUGUAAAGGCAUGAGUUACUGUGCUUAUGGCUCAUUAGUGAUCUUUUCCAAACUUUUUGUAUAUUAGCAAAUUGUUGGGUCACCAUCUGCCAAAUGGGUCAUAAUUCUCCAAGUACGAUUGAGAGAGAUCUAAUAAUAACAUUUUCUUAAUAUUUCUGUAUUAAAAAAACAAAUGUAUUAAUAAUAUUUUGAUAUAAAUAAUAGCAAUGUUGUCUUACAUUUCAGCCUGAAAAAUAAAUGUGGUGGAUUUAAUCUCUGUUAUCUGGUUUGAAUUUUCCAGACCCCUUUUAUGCAGUGUCACACAAUUUCAGUUUGUUGUUUCGUUGUUUUGCAACAUUUCCUGUAUCAUUCUGAACUUGACAUGGUUAUUUAUAUCUGAUGCAUCCAUAUCACCCCUCUCAUUGACUCCUUUCAACAAUCCAUUUGAUGGGCUCCUGCAUAGCUUAGUGCUGUCUUGGUAAAUUAAGCAACCCAAAAACAUCAAUUAGAAACAUGGUUGGAAACAUUGUAAUGCCACACCCCAUGUCAGUCUUGUUUCUCUCUCUGCAGAUAGUUGUGCACCAGUUUGCUGAAAUUUCUACAACCAAAAGCUCAAAUUCUGAACAUGCCUUUCAAAAUUUGGAAAUGACCAGAUUCUUAAACUUGUGCAGUAAAGUGAGAUUCUUAGAGUUGUAUCAACAGGAACCCCAACAUAAUGAGAGAUGUUGCAGUCCAUUAAAAUAGCCUGU